AAUAAAAAAUAAUCUGCGAUUACAGCUUUCAAUUAAUUUUUCUGAUUAAUAACUCAGUUAAAAUGAUAAAUAACGAAAACUAUGCAACGUGCCCCUAUGAUGCAUCACACCGAGUAGCCCGUUCCAGGCUCCAGCACCAUCUAAUCAAAUGUCAGAAGAACUAUCCUCCUUUGGAAAUAUGUCCGUUCAACGCUACCCAUCGUUACCCAGCCCAUUUGAUGAAAGAUCACUAUAAAACAUGUCCGAAUAAGAUAGAAAAGGAACAAACGCUUGUUUUAACCAGCAAUAAUGGUACCGUUGGAGCAAAACGCACUCCGAUACAGCUGAUGCAGAAGGAUUAUCUACCAGAGCAGGAUCCGGAGAAUGAAUGCUGGGAUGAUUAAGUUAGUUUUAUAUUAUAUUGUUUAUAUUUCGUUUGUAGAGGUCCUUGUGGUAUGCAGAAGUAUGUGAAUGUCUUCUAGACGUCCAUCUAUGUUGAAUUUACAUUCAAGUUGGAUUUAUAUUUACUUGCAAAAUGUAGUUGAGUUUCCGACAUUGAUAUGUCACAUAAUAAUAUGAAUGAGUGCUAAGUUUUAUUAAAACGAAUUCAGUGGAAACCCAUGAUUCCAGAAUUGAUUCCUGAUUUCCAUUUUGUUUUGUGUAGGUACUUAAUCAGUAAAAUAUUUUUUUUUUAUUUCAAGUUUCACAAUUUGGGCUCUCUACAAAU